ACACCACCAAACCCAGAGACAAAGACAAGACACAAAGGCGGUGACUCAAAAACUUAACAAGAGUACAUGUACAAGGGUACAAGGGGGUGACUCAAUAAAGUCACGGUAUUUCUUGCAUUAGUUGAGAUAUAACAUGGCACCUUGGCUUCAUCCAGUAACUUUCACUCUAAAUCCACCAUCUUUUUCUGCCUAUCACAGCUCACCACCUGGCUAAAAUUUCAACCCUUAAGCUUUAGGGUCCGAUAUGACCAUUUCUGCUCUCCACCCACAAAGGUAAUAUCAGCUGCACUAGGUUUGUGCUUUGACAGUUUUGAGUUUUUAACCGCUAUGGAAGGUUUGGGGGGGUUAAGGUUCAGUAAUGUAACUGGUGCUGCAAGGAAGAAGAGAAGUAAUACAUAUCGUCGUCCUCGGAAUGACUCUCAGCAACUGUCAGAUUUUCGGGAUAUUUCAUCCUUGUCAUCCACACCACCUUCUGAUAAUAAUAUGGUCAAGAUUGACGAUGGAGGAUCUGCAGAAUCUGAUGAAACUUCCAACAAUGACUUUUUCCAAGGCAAUAAUGAGCAGAGGCGUAGAGUAGAUAAAUCCAUGAGACAAAGUGAAGGUGUUCUUGCGCCAACUAACUGGAGACGCACUGGUAGCAUGGGGCAAUUUGGAGUUCUUCCUGAUAGUGGAGGAAAUGAAAAUAAAGUUAAAAAGGUUAAGCUUAAAGUUGGUGGUAUCACUCAUACCCUUGAUGGGAAGUCUGCACCAGAUGGUCCUGCUGGUGCUGGGUCUUUUUCUACGAGGUCUUAUUCCUAUUCAGAUGCCUCGCAACCACAGCAGAAGCUGGUUUUUCAGGAAAAUUCUGAUGAAAACCGUUCCAUUAGUUCAGAUAAUGGUGAUAGCUUGCAAGGAUAUGCAUUCAAGGAUUUCUCUAACAGUGGUGUAAGAGAAUAUGGUUCUAAGAGUAAGACAGCUUACAGAAGCAUAUCUGCGAAGGAAACAGAAAAAUAUGAGCCAGUUCGAAAGAGCAAGCGGGUUGCUAAGAGACGUUCUAUAGAUGGAGAUCUUGAUGAUGGAAAUGAUGAUGAGGAGAUUCGAUACCUUGAAAAGGUAAAAAAAUCUAAGAUCAGCACGAACUAUGGUGCAGAAUAUGAAGAUGAUGAGGAAGGAGGAAGCAGAAAGCAACGUAAAAUAUCAAGGGUAUUAGAAAGGAAUGUUGAUGUCCUAUAUGAUUCAAAUGUGGAUGAUUAUGGCUCCUUAAAAUCAGGUAAGGUAGGUAAGAAGUUGAGAUCCGGCAGAGUAUCUGAAGAUACUGAUUAUGUGGAAGACGAAGUAUUGUCAGAUGUUGAACCUGUAAUCAACAAGAAGAAAGCAAGAAAGGAGUUUGUAGAUUUGUUGGGAGAUUCAAAAAAGGAAAUGACAAUCACCACUCGUCAACGUGCACUACAGACUGGCAAAGAUGUCUCUUCCAGUUCUGGUGCAAGUCUAAUUGAAUUUCCCGAGGGAUUGCCUCCUGCUCCACCAAGAAAGCAAAAGGAGAAACUGACCGAAGUGGAACAGCAACUAAAAAGAGCAGAGGCCCUGCAGAGACGUAGGAUGCAAGUUGAAAAGGCAGCAAGGGAGUCUGAGGCUGAGGCAAUCAGAAAAAUACUAGGCGUAGAUUCCACUAGGAAAAAGCGGGAAGAUAAGAUGAAGAAACGGAAAGAAGAAUUGGCACAGGAGAAGGCUGCAAAUGCUAUGAUACUUGCAUCAAACACUGUUAGAUGGACCAUGGGUCCUUCAGGGACAUUCGUAACAUUCCCCAAUGAGGUGGGCUUGCCGAGUAUCUUUGACCACAAAACUUGCAGUUACCCUCCGCCGCGUGAGAAAUGUGCCGGUCCAUCAUGUCCUAAUCCAUACAAGUACAGGGAUUCCAAAACAAAACUCCCCUUAUGCAGUCUCCAAUGCUACAAGGCACUGCAGGAAAAAAUGCCCUCAGUUUCUGCCUGUUGAUCAGGUCAUUACUUAUUUCGAUUUCGGCUUUCCAAGUAAACUGUUGACUACACCAACACCAACUUGCCCAUGUAAUACAAUAUUUACAACCAUAAUAAGCAGCUACUCGGCACCAUUACUGUAUAGUUAAAAGGUUAAAGUAUGUAUGUAGAUCUCAAGAACUGGGCUGCUGAAGCCUGGAAAAUAUGGAGAUUGUUCCUGUUUGAUUGAAGAACACAAAGUUCUGUUGUAUGUUGUAAUGAAUGUGGUUUGAUACCAUUAUUAUAAA